AUGUCUGAAAUGCAUCCUGACCCUCCUGCCAUCCUGCAUGGGGCUGUGAAGGAUAUCGUUUGCAACUUGGAGAAGCAGCUGAAGGUACAGCAAGAGAAACUACGAGUCCUAUACAAGGAGUGGAACUUCUGGGAGGCUGCCGGCGCUCUUCUUGACUUUGACUUACUUGAGGUUAGCGACUUCAAGAUAGAUGAGUUACAAAAACAGCUGAUCGAAGCUCAAAUAGAGCAGCUAACAUUAGAAAACGACUUGUCGCAGAUGACGGAGUUCGCCCGCCAAGUCUUCAGCCAGCAAGGCUUGGGCUUCAAGACCCCCUCGAUUCCCAUUCCCAUCCCGUCUGCUAACUUGUUCCCCCUAUCAGCCGAGUAUUCACAUCCUUCACCACCACCAAAGUCGUAUGGACAGCAAAUGGCACAACGCCGACAGGACGAUUUCCGCUAUUACCUCGAACACCCGGAGAUGCUGGCGGUUAUGCCGGGACAAGUAUCGCCUACGGUUACUAACAUGAACAAUGCAUCAGUGCUUGAUCCCCAAGUAACCCUUGUCCAAUCUCAAAACCCCCAUUUCCCUUACCACAAACCCGUUAAUCGCCCUCCAGCGCCUUCCCACACAAGAAGGCUAUCAGUCAAGAUUGUACAUCCCCCAUCAACAUCUACCACUCCCGAGGUACGUACUAACAACCUCCCCCCUCAAAAUGACCUCUUCUUCCUUAGGCGUAUGACUGCCUACCGCAAUUCUCGGUACGGCUCACAAAAGGGAAUCCACCCUACCGAUGGUAAGCGCAAUUACGAGUUUGACCCCCACUUUUGGGAGAAGAAAGAAAACUGGGACGGGACAGAUGAUUUCUGGUUCAAGCCCUCGACGCGGAAGAGGGGGAGAAUGAAUGAUGAGGACAAGGCUCUUUCGCCUUGUUCGGUGCCGAGGAAGAGAGUUAAGAGUGCUGGGGGAGAGUAA